ACGGAAGCAGUACACCGACGCUCAUAGACAGCCUGACUGUCUGACCGACGCUGAAUGAGAACGCACUGAUUUCGACUUCAAAAUGAUGAAAUUUCUGCCGAAACUUCUGCUACUGGUGUUGUUAGCCUUUCCGGCGACUCUCCUUAUCAAAGGACCAGUGGCAAAUGCCCAGGAUUUGACUGAGGAUGAGGAGGCUGAGGCUGUGGAUGAAGACGUGGUGGACGACGUGAACGAAGAGGAUGAUGAGGCAGAAGUGGAAGAUGAUGAUAACACAGAACUGACGGAAGAAAAAGAAGAUGAAGAGGAGGAAGCGUUGGUUGGAGAGGUGAAGGCUUCCCCCAACGCUGACACAACCAUCCUGUUUGUCAAAGGAGAAGACUUCCCAGCCAAUGACAUCGUUAAGUUCCUUCUUGGCUUCACUAACAAAGGGUCGGAGAACUUCAUCGUAGAGUCUCUGGAUGCUUCUUUCCGUUACCCACAGGAUUACCAGUUCUACAUCCAGAACUUCACCGCUCUCCAGCUCGGCACCGUGGUUCCUCCCAGCAGACAGGCCACCUUUGAGUACUCCUUCAUCCCUGCAGAGCCAAUGGGUGGGCGGCCAUUCGGACUCGUCAUCAACCUCAACUACAAGGACAGCAGUGGAAACGUUUUCCAGGAUGCUGUGUUUAACCAGACUGUCACCAUCACUGAGAGAGAGGAUGGGCUUGAUGGAGAGACGAUCUUCAUGUAUGUCUUCCUGUCAGGUCUUGGGCUGCUCGUGGUUGUAGGCCUUCACCAGCUGCUGGAGUCCAGAAAGAGGAGGCGUCCAGCUCCAAAGGUAGAAACGGGAACUUCGAGCCACAACGACGUCGACCUGAGCUGGAUCCCCCCAGAAACACUGAACCAGAUCAUGCAGAGUCGCAGAGGUGAGGUCUGCUGCAUGUCGUGUGUUUGUGUGUCUGUAACAAAACUUUGGUCCUGAUGUUGGAGUGUUUUG